UUAACAGAGCACGCAUGUUCCUGCUAAUUGCCAUGUAGAUUGAAAUGUACCAUCCAAUGCAUCAGUUUAUGUGAUCGCUCAUAUUGGCUACUAAAUCUACACAGGCCUACAACUUUUUAUUUGUCGAUCCUGUAUUUGAUCAACAUAGCUACUCUAUCAAAAGGAAGUAAGAUAUAUAGCCCAUGUUCUAUUGUUCUUCACAUGCAAUGCAUUUUUAUUUUUUUACUUCAUGGGCACAAUACUGAAGAUCCAUACACGAUGCUAUUCAUUUUCUUUUGAAAAACAACCAAUGUAGUACUGUUGGAUAAAAUUGCUUUUACUCAUAAAUGUUAUAUAUGUGUUAUAUUCCAGGUAGCAAGAGGACUAGCAAGAUUAUUCUAAUAGCUGUGACAUCAGCCGCUGGAGCCUUGCUCUUUACAUGUAUUUAUGUCCUGGUAUGGCGCAAAAAAGGGAAAAGACUAAGGUUUCUCCUUUGCAAGAAGACUAGCAGCAACACCGAAAAGAAUUAUGAGGCCAUGAUAGUAUCGUACGGAUCCCUAGCUCCAAAAAGAUACAUGUAUUCAGAGGUAAUGAAGAUAGCAUCUUCUCGCAGCGAUCAGCUUGGAAAAGGAGGUUAUGGUGUUGUUUUCAAAGGAAGACUGCAUGAUGGUAGUCUGGUCGCAGUAAAAUUCUUGCAUGACUGCAAAGGAAAUGGGGACGAGUUUGUUAAUGAAGUUAUGAGCAUUGGCAGAACCUCUCAUGUUAAUGUUGUUAGCUUAUAUGGGUUUUGUUUGGAGGGAUCAAAGCGAGCUCUUAUAUAUGAGUACAUGCCCAACGGUUCCUUGGAUAAGUACAUUUAUUCAGAGCACCCCAAAGAAAUUUUAGGAUGGGAGAGGCUUUAUGGGAUAGCAAUAGGGAUUGCUCGUGGCCUCGAAUACUUGCACCAUAGCUGUAAUACACGUAUCGUCCAUUUCGAUAUCAAGCCCCAAAAUAUCCUUCUAGACAAAUAUUUUAGCCCAAAGAUUGCUGAUUUUGGUCUAGCUAAAUUGUGUCAUACAAAAGAGAGCAAGGUUUCAAUGACUGGUACUAGAGGAACAAUUGGAUUCAUCGCCCCAGAAGUCCACUCGCGAACCUUUGGAGUGGUUUCAACAAAAUCGGAUGUUUAUAGUUAUGGAAUGAUGCUUCUAGAGAUGGUUGGAGGUAGGAGAAACGUAAAAUCAAUUGUUGCAAAAUCCAGCGAAAAAUAUUUUCCAGAUUGGAUUUAUGACCACUAUGCGCAAGAUGAUGGACUAAAAGCAUGUGAAGUCACAUCAGAAAUUGAGGAUAUCGCAAGAAAGAUGACCUUAAUAGGCUUGUGGUGCGUACAAAUAUUGCCUGCAUAUCGCCCUACCAUAACAAAAGUUCUAGAAAUGUUCGAGAGAAGCUCAGAUGACAUGGACAUGCCACCGAAGCAAAACUUCUCUGGAUUGCUUGAAAGUUCA